AUGUGAACUUUUUACCUAGUAAAUUUGUUGAUCAAUAUUUUUAUAUGUUUUAUUUAUUUAUAUGUAUGUCGGGUAGAGAGUAUCACAAAAGUCAACGUCAAUUCAAAAGUUUUAUCUUUAUACUUUAAAAUCAACUUGAUCAUGAGUAACAUUUAAGCAAACUCAAUACUUGCAAAUAAAAUCCCUUGUUUUACUUUUAGAAGGAAAAAACUUGCUGAUGUUUUGAAUCAUAGGGAAGUAUAGCAAACAGUUAUAUCAUAAAGUCAACUGUUCUUGCCGUUGUUCUGUCUUUCAGUUAUGUGUUUCAGCUGGCCCUGCCCUUGGCCUCUGGCCCCAAGAUAUCUUCAAACUUCAAAGUUUCUCUUGUUUUGUCUUCUUGAAUUCCACCUUCAUCAACCUAGAGCCCCUUAAAACUUAAAAGUGUCCUAAUUUAGUUAAUUGAUCCCAUACCAUAGUCUAUUCCUUUAAUGUCAGGUGGUGAAGACACUGAGGGCUACAAGUACUGGUUUCGAUGGCAAGUGCCUGUGUGUGCUUUGAUCCUUAUUGUCUCCAUCAUAACAGCUUCCAUGCAAAUUGUAAAGGCCAAAGCACAGCCCUUUUACCACAAUCACUUGUGGCUUCCCUGUUGGAGAAAACUCAGUCCUGUGUGGCUUUUCUUCUCUAGAGCUUUCGCGUUCCUUUGCUUGGCUCACCUUCAUUUUGAUAUCAUUGCCUUGGAUGGAGCCUUUCCUUUCUAUUUUUAUACUCAGUGGACUUUCACAUUAGUUAUGAUAUAUUUUGCAUUGGGGACAAUAAUAUCUGCACACGGAUGUUGGCAGUACAUAAACAAACCUCCGCUUCAAAAUGGGGAAAUGGCUGAGUUUCUGAGAAGGGAUUUGGAAGAGAGUACAAACUCUAUUGCCUAUAGAGAGAAAGAAACAAAAAGUUCCAUCAGGUUGCAAAGCCAAUAUAUCCAAGAGGAGUUUAACCAAAGAGUAGGAUUCUGGGGUUACCUCAUGCAAAUUACUUAUCAGACUAGCGCAGGGGCUAUCAUCCUAACAGACAUUGUGUUUUGGUGUGUUAUUGUCCCAUUCUUAUCAAUUUCUCAUUUCCAGCUAAACAUGUUGAUGGUUUCCAUGCAUAGCCUGAACGCUGUUUUCCUUCUUCUGGAUACAGCGUUGAAUAAUCUUCCCUUUCCUUGGUUUAGACUCUCGUAUUUUGUGCUGUGGAGCUGUGGCUACAUAAUUUUCCAAUGGGUCAUCCACGCCUGUGGUUUUACAUGGUGGCCAUACCCAUUUCUUGAGCUUAAUACCCCAUGGGCUCCAGUUUGGUAUCUGUGCUUGGCAGUAAUUCACAUACCCUUGUAUGGCAUGUAUUCAUUAAUAGUGAAAGCAAAAAAUACGAUUCUUCCCAGAUUCUUCCCUCGUGCAUUUUUGAGGACAUACUAGUUUGGUUGCCAUAGGAAAUUACAGAAAACUAGGAGUGACUUGUUCACGUGUCUUGACAAACAAAAUUGGGUUUACACAGGUUCCCUACAGGCUACAAGGGUUCUUGCAAAUGGUUCAAAUUAAUUAUACUAGUAGUAUUGGAAAAUUUUCAAUGAUUUGUAUAUUAUAAGAAAUUCCAUAUCAGAUCAUGCAAGUUUAACAAUGAAAAGAAGAGGCGCCCUGAGCAUGAUGUUCAUUUUCA